AUGACUUCUGUAGAAGCCAGUGAAAAGAAGAAUGAAAGUACCGUGUAUUUUAACCUAUAUGGCGAUAUGGAGCAAUUGUCAUCUAAACCCAAGGUCAAGUUUGGCAAUAAAGUUAGGAUAAGUAAAUAGAAAGGUGUUUGAUAAAUGCUUCACACCUAAUUGGACUGAAGAGAUAUUCCUGGUUGACAAAAUCCAAUCCACAAAUCCAAUUACCUACAGGUUAAAGGACCUCAACAAUGAGGAGAUACAAGAGACCUUUUACGAAUCUGAAUUACUGAGGGCAAAACAAGAUAUAUUCUGCAUUGAUAGUCAUUCGAAGGGAUUACAAAAAGAAACAAGCUUUAGUAUCUUAGAAAGGAUAUAACGAUGACUUCAAUUCUUGGAUUCCACCGAAUGGCUUACAAAAUUUACGUAACUAAUAUAUAGAUGGCUGAUUAUAUUGUAAAAUGUGUUGAAAAACUACAUUUAGAUAUUUGCGAUAAAGAAGAUGAACUAGAUGAGCUGUAUGAUCUUGCUGCAAUGAGGCAUAAACGAUCUCUGAUGAACAUAUAUGCGAAAAAAUCGAAAGAAGCUAUGGAUAACAACAUAAUACUGGCUGAUCUUCUUCGUGCAAUUUGUACUGAUAUCAUGAAUGGCAACUAUAAAACAUAUUUCAAUGUGACCAAAUGCAAGAUUAGUAGCAUCGGUGAGGUGAAAAAAGAG